AUGGGCAAUGCUGUCUCUUCCUGGUGCGGCCCCAAAGUCAAAACAUUGGACGAUGAACACGAGCUCGCGACUCCACGGAACGGGCAUACCCUGCCAUUCCACGGGAUCAAAUCUGCCAAUACGAUACUACCGGUCUUAGCUUCGAAUCCUUUGGAAUGCCCCGAAUCCCUCAAGGGCGAAGUCUUCGAGGAAGAGUUCAGAAACUUCAAGGAUGACCUCAAGGCAAAGGUGAUAGAGUACCAAGAUGCAAUCCAGCCUCACACCGAUGAGGGUGGCGAAGCGUACUAUAUCGGAGAUGCGUACGAGAAAGUCACUGCGAGAUGGGCCGCUGAAUGGGCGGUGGAGAACGCCGGGCCGUAUCUUAGACACAUCAAGAAGCUGUCGCAGUGGAAGACAUGGCAUCACCUGGAGUAUCUCGCACACUGGAUGGAGGUGACAGCAGCGCCCCCCAAGUGGAAGUUCCUUCGCAAAGGUCCCGGCCUCCAAAGUCGCGAGGAGCGUGCAAUGCGAACAAAGGUUUGUAGGGUUGAUUUCACGAAUGGCGCACCACCGGAUCACAAAGUCUUCGACGACUCCAAGAAACUCAAGAACGCCCUUCAGCAAUCGCCACAGAGCAGCGAGCACAUUCACACCAGACUCCUGAUUGUCGAAGACCUGUCGCGCGAUGUGGUUGAGAUGCUGGGAGAGUUCUACGAUGUUGACCCGUUGUUCUUCCUCUCCCACAUCAACGACUAUCUCUUUCACAACACGAGGGAUCGAUGGGUAGAACUCCCAAAUCUCGAUAUCGAUGCGAGAAAUCGAUCUCACUUUACGCUCCAGUACCUGCGGCCACGAUACUUUGAGGACGAGGACAGCUUUAAGAAGGCUGAACGUGAGAGCGGCAUGUUUAAUGUUCUUCGCCGACUUGACAGUGACCGCAGCCGCCUCAAAUUACAGAAUGGACUGCUGGACCGGGCUGGUGCGAGUGUUACACUCAUCAGGGCAAAGACCUCUGUUUGGAUCAAGCCUAGGUCAGCGGGAGAGCCGGUAACAGCAAUCCUGCUUGUCGAUCCUACCGUCAAGACCGGUCAUCCUCUAUGGCGUGGUAACCGACCAUUUCAAGAUACGCCCUCGAUGCAGGCUGUCAAGGACGACCCGAGUGUAUCCGAUGGACUCGAACACGGCUCAUCAUUGUUCGAUGAGGUGGUACACUGGACCCGCAAAUUGACACCAACCGAUCUUGAAUCUAUACAUGCUGAUCCCAAAUGGAUUGCAAUGCCUGUGCUAAAGCUCGUCAUUGCCGAAUGGCUGACAGUCGCAAAAUACAUGACUGCUCGUCUUGGCCUCAUCGAAUGGGAAAUGGAAAAGCCACAUUGGGGAGCGGAACCGAAACAGAUGGACGAUCUCAUGAAGAAACUGGCACCAUGGCGACGCAACAUCGGAUACUACCAAGCGAUGGUCAACGACGCUAUCGCACGGCUGUUCCCACACAUUCCGCAGACCCCCUUCGACUCUGCGAUGCAGAUUCCCAGUCCAGUCUGUCCGGAAACUAGCUCCUCAAUGUUGUCUCUAUGGCCUGACUUCAAGAUUGUCAAACAGCACAUGACUGACUGUCAUGCGCGAAUCAUGAGCAUUCAAACGACUGCGACCAAUGCGAUCAAUAUCGAAGAAAGUCGACGCGCCAUUGACCAGAACAAGAAUGCUUUGCAACAGAACAAGGAACUGGCUCGUCUUACAUUCCUCGCCACAAUCUUCAUCCCACUAAACUUCACUUCCAGCUUCCUCAGCAUGUCACCAGACUUUUUCAACGCAACAAAGACCGUCUGGCUAUUCUUCGUGUUGGGAUUCCCAAUCACUUUGACAGCUUUGAUCGUGGUGGACCUCAAUCGAGGCGAAGCAAACGCGAGUAUUUGCAAAAGACUAUGGACGAAGUUGUCUCCUGGUCCGAAAGAGGAUGAGCCAACUGCAGUGGAUCCGAUGCCUGCGAACCUUGGGAGGAACUCCACUAUACCUUGGCCUCCUACCCGAAAUCCUUCCUCCUUUCUUCGGCAGCGCGGAUUGGCUUGA